UAUAUCGUUGGCCGUUCGUAACUAGGUGGAGUUGCGCACCCGGGGGUCAAUUUAAAUUCCAAUAUGUUCCACUUAAUUCCAUUGAUAAUUUAAUUAUUUUAUUCUUAUUGAUACUGCGUAGGUGGACACGUGUGCUCUGGAGGACAAUGACGUCUCUUUUAGAAUUUCGAUUACAGAGUGCUUAUUCAUGAGAGAAAUAGGAUAAACAGUUGGAAAUAAACGGUUGUAAAUACCGAACGUAGAAAGGGAGUUAAUACAAAUAUUGAACGCCUGUUGAUUUACUGGCGUCGCCAUAAACCCAUAAGUUCACACGUAAAUUUCUUGAGAAAGGUCCAUGACUAAUCCCAACCGCUCCUCCUUUGUAUCCUUUGUAUUAAAGCCAAGAACGUCAUUUUCUGCAGAUCACGCGUGCGUCCCAAAUUCUAGAACGUGGAUGGAGGUGGCUGGCAACAGGUGACUGCGUCACGAUGUUGUCCAGCCCCUUCUCCCCCACUUUUUAUUUUUUUCAAGUCUAGCAUUUAAGGGACUUCCGCAGUAUAGGUGGGGGAACAUAGAGUGGGGGUAAAGAUCAAAGGUUCCGACAGCUCGCGACAACUUGCGAAAAAACAUACAUCAAAUAUAAAAGAGUGAAUGUAUGCAUAGAAAUCAGUCUGAUUAGUUUCCUUUCAGUUAUUGGUGAUGAAUGAAUUAAUGCAAAACGUUUUUAGACAUUCUAAAUUAUUUACAUGAAUUUAUUCGUCUAUUAAAAUUUUCUGAAUACAUUUGACAACACCGUAUGUUCGGCCGAUGGAGAUGGUACGCUUGUCAGUCAAGAUAGCCUGUAUCACAGCGGCGGGAGUGGUAUUGUUUUGUUGCAGAGGUUAUAUUUGUUGAGUUUUUAAUUUAAAAAAAAUCAAUGUGAUACAUAAUGGAGAAACGUGAUAGUUUAUCAAGAUUGUGAUAUAAAGGAAAAAUAAUUAAAGAAACUACAUACAAGAAUAGAAUUAUGGCACAAAAUCUGGGUGAAGCGAAUAAGGGGAGGAGAGUUUCCCAGCCCGAGAUUGAGAUCGAUGAUACUCCGGACAAAUCUACAAUCUUUAAUGCUGAUAAUCGAAUUGUGAAUCUCAGUAUUUUGGGUGAAGAACUUCAGUGUACCUCAUGUGAAACGAUUUUAUCGUUGAAUGACAUUGUCAAAGAAACAAUCCGUGGACUGGGCUCAAUACUGUCAGUGAGAUGUAAACAUUGUCUCUAUGUCAAAACGAUACAUACGAGUAGACUCGUGAAACAUUCAGAAGGUGGAAAACAAGAUACGUUCGAGAUUAAUUAUCGAAUUGCCACAGGGUGUAUCCACGCGGGAAUUGAAAAUCAAGGAUUGAAUAAACUAUUAGCAAGUGCAGGUAUACCUACGAUGCAUUAUAAUACCUACAAAGACUAUGAAAACAGAGUUGGACCUGUGGUGGAAAUGAUUGCUAAGGAGAGCUGUGACAAAGCAGUGAAAAUUGAACGGGAACUCACGAUUAAAAAUGUGGAAGACAUAGAGAAGAUGGUGCCUCUAGGACAUCGAGAAAAUUUCAUAAUUCCAGACAGAAGAUUGCUAUCAGAUAAAGAGCUAGGUAAAGAGACUAAUACAAGUCAAGAGGCCACAGGUAAUGAAAAAAAGAAAGUAGGGGAGGACGUAGGUGCAUCACAAGCUUUUACUGAAUUUCGAUCGGAUGAAUCUUCCCCUAGAGUUGACAAUAUAUCUUCAAGACAACCCAAAAAACUCUCUGCUAGGUCGAAAGGGUCAUUACUGCCUGUGGCGUCAGCAAUGAGAAAUUUUACAGUUCGAUUGAUGCUCUCCUUUGACUGUGCAUGGUCGAAGAGGGGAAACGGGAAGGACUCUGACAGUCUCAAUAGUUAUGCUGCCUUAAUCGGCACACAGAGUGGUCUCAUUGUCGAUUAUGCUACGGCCAAUAGGGUCUGUAGGAAGUGUCAACAGGGACAUCCCAAGGACGACCAUGAAUGCCAUCAACAUUUCUCAGGAAGUGCAAAGGCAAUUGAGGCACAUCUAGCUUUAAAAUUGGCAACGGAAAGCAAAAUCCUGAAGAAUAACGACGUACAGUUGGGUAUUUUUUGUAGUGAUGAGGAUUCUACAGCAAUAGCCGGGGUGAGAGGUGCAUUGGCUAAAUCUCAUUAUGUUGUAAAAUUAUCAGAUAGGAAUCAUUUACGCGAGGGUGUCAGAAAUCUUCUGUACUCCAUUCCAAAAGCUAGAGAUCCUGAUGGGGAAAUUAAUAAACACGUUAUCGAUUAUUUAGAAAGGGGUUUCUCGUAUGCAAUGGCUCAAAAUGCAGGAGAUGAGAAAGGCCUUGCAAGUGCGCUGAGGGCUAUUCCGUUACAUGCGUUUAAUAAUCACAGUCAAUGCUCAGAUUGGUGUGGAUAUAAGAACAACCCUGAAGAAUAUUCGCACCCUACAAUUGGCGAGGGAAUUCACAGUCCGGUUCUGUUUGCAGCAAUUGAUGAGAUUUUUGAGGGACUCGCCAAAAAUGCUGGGAAGUAUGCUCAUGCUGUAUCAAGCCAGGCGAACGAGAGUUUAAAUGCUUCGAUAACUCGUAAAGCCCCGAAGAAUCUGACCUAUUCUUUGACUAGAUCAAUGGAUUUUCGAGUAGGAGCGGCUGUUGCAGAGAAAAAUGAGGGAGAGAGCUAUUUGCUUCAAGUUUUCGAAAAGAUGGACUUAACCAUUGACGAAAAUCUGCGUCAGCAUGUUCAACGAGUGGAAGGGAGAGCAUCCCAAAUUGCUGAUAGGGCUAGCACAGUGGAAUUCAAAGGAAAUCGUCUUGAAUUGAAGAAGAACAGGGCUGCACUACGACAUCGUAAUGAAGGAUCUGAAGGACUUACGUAUCAAUCUCAAAUGGGACUGAUUUCUACUCCAGUCAUCAAUGAGCAACCAAUGCCAAAUAAUGAGACAGUUGCAGACCUUGCAAAUGACGAAUUCCAAGUCGUGUUUUUUGAUCUAGAAACUUCAGGAUUCAGUGCAAACUGUGAUAUUCUGCAGAUCGCAGCAGGUACUGGAUCAACAUCAUUUGAAAUCUAUAUAAAGCCCUCCAAGCCGAUUGAUCGUAAAGCUACAGAGAAAAAUCAUUUAGCUAAUGUCUCAGGAGACCUUUAUAUGAAUGGAAUUCUCGUAGAAGCUGUGAGUAUUCGUUGUGCGUUGACUGAACUCCUCUCCUAUCUCCAGAAAUUCAACAAGAAAUGCAUAUUAGUGGCACAUAAUCUCAGUUUUGAUGGACCUCGACUCUUGAGAUCCAUUGAGAAAGCCUCACUUCUAAAUGAAUUUCACUCAGUUGUUGCUGGCUUGGCUUGCUCUUUGAAAGCAUACAAACAUAAAAUGAACAUUCAGAAGAGGAAGGAGGGUAAUUUAAAACUCGAAAAUCUAGCUCGUGCUCAUGUGAAACAUGUGGAUACAAAAAGUAUUCAUAACGCUUCAUAUGAUGUAUAUCUAUUGAGACGUUUUGUUUGUAAUGUUUUUUCACUAGAAGAUAUUGUCUCAGAGCUUAUUCCAAUGACUGAUGCUGUUACAAAGUAUCAGCGCAAUAAUCAUGUGAGGAACAUUAUUGAGACGCUUUCAGUAUUUCCCGAAACUAUAAUACCAAAAACUUUGAAAAAAAAAAUGGGUGAAGCUAAUAUAAGUUUUGCUGAAUUGCAAAGCGCCUUUAAUGAAGCUGGAAUAAUAGGAAUUGUCACAUUGCUGGAUAUGAAGAUUAAAUAUAAGCCUCGUAAUUUCAACCUCCACGAAAUUUAUCAGGGGAUUGCAGAUUAUUUGAAGAAGGGCCAUAAAUAGUAAUAUAAUUGUUGUUUUGUUUUUAUGAUGCGCACAUUUACUGAGUCUAUCCUUGUUGUGUUAGUGUUACGGAUUAUUUAACGUUUCUGAAUAAUAAAAAUGAUAAAACAAA